AUAGGUACCCUGUUGUAGAUCCGGCCUAAAAACUCUAUAUAGAGUUGAAAAACGUUAUCGAAUCGGUCAUGUGGAUUUAUCAGUCAAAAAAAAAUAUCAAACAUACUUUCAUAUACAUAACAAAUUUGAAUCUUACAACAUCCACUUGCAUAUUCUCUAUUCGUAAACACUCUUGAGAUAUUUAUGCAUAAGAGGCGGUUGCAAGUUUUUCCACGUUUACGACAUCAUGAAAUGAUGCAUAAGUGUCUCAUCAAAUGAUAAACCACCCAGGUAGCAAGAUGUUUGCUGUGAUGGCAUUGAAUAAACUGCUGGACCUCCUCAAGGAAGAGAACCUGGAUACCAGCCUGGAGAGUCUCUGCAAUCAGCUUCACCAGAGCUUCCCCAAGAAGGACCAUUUGGAGGUGGGAACAGUAUUACUAAUGCAAUUGCAGCAUGUUGACUUGUUGCAAAAAAAUGUUCAGCGUGUUAUAGCAUGGACCCUGCUGUUUGACCUCUACAAAGGGGAACCGUUGGCUUCCACACCCUUUGCUAAUGUGUUUGUGCAGACUCUGAAACAGGAAGACAAUAAUAAUGGUGCUUCAAAGCUGCCCAAUCAUCACACAGGUCAUAUACCAUAUCUGUCUCAUUGCGAAAGGAAUUUGUUGGUCAAUCUAUUGGGAUACAGUCACAAGGACAUUAUAAAGAAAACGCCACGUCAGAUUGUGGAUGAAUCCUCUUUCGUCUCUGUACUGUCCAUUGAUCUGACUAACUUACAAUUGCAGUUGGCGGAGCAUCAAUCCGAGUUGCCAUCCAUCAGCAAAUGUGGGAUUCCUAUUAUUCUACCUGAUAUGGAUCAGUCCAAAGAAACAGAGUUUGAUGACACUACCAUAAGAAGUAUAAUGGAGGAUCUCACUGAUGGGGAUCUACCGUUAUGCAGACAGAGCUUUCAUCCUGAAUUUUUGAGACUGGCGCCGCCUCUCUUUCAAUCCGCCAAUGAGAUAGCCUGGUUAAAUGUCACAGAACCGACACAAUUCACGAUCGAAUAUGAUGGCAGCAUGUGUGUGUCCAAUUGCGCCGGUGCUGAGGCUCGUAAACUUAUGGGCAAGGCCUUCAAGGGUGUGCUGACGCUGCCCCAGCAGCAGCAUCUGGUCAAUGAGCUGGAGGACGACCCAAAGCUCGUUUACCAUAUAGGACUUACACCCUGCAAAUUGCCGGAUCUGGUUGAGAACAAUCCUCUGAUCGCCAUUGAGGUUCUAUUGAAGCUGAUGCAGUCUAGCCAAAUCACGGAAUACUUCAGCGUUUUAGUGAACAUGGAGAUGUCCCUCCAUUCAAUGGAAGUCGUGAACAGAUUAACUACUACAGUGGAUCUGCCGACGGAAUUUGUACAUUUGUAUGUGAGCAAUUGUAUAUCCACUUGCGAAACCAUUAAGGAUCGUUAUAUGCAAAGCAGACUGGUACGAUUGGUCUGCGUGUUUCUGCAAUCCCUGAUAAGGAAUAAGAUUAUAAAUGUGCAAGAAUUGUUUAUCGAAGUCCAAGCGUUUUGUAUUGAAUUUAGUCGAAUCAGAGAAGCCGCCGCGUUAUUCCGACUUCUGAAACAACUUGAAUCUGGUGAUACCGGUGGACUUAAUGUUUCAUCUACAAAAAACAAAAUAGAUAUGUAUUAAUACAAAAAUUAUCAUUUUUAUUAAUUACCAGAGCACAGAUUUUGAAGCAUGUGUAUUGUCAACAAAUUAUUAGUUAAUUAUUUAGUUAUAUAUCAUAUUGUAUUUAUGUAUUGUAAUACUUUUAUAUAGCAUGAUAAUAUUAAUUUUAUUAAGACACUCAAGUAAUAAAUAUUUUUGUUAAUUUAUGUAAACUUAUGUAUAAAAAAUCAUGUUUGAUAAGGUACAUAUCAAAUGUUUCAAAUGUAAAAAAAAUUAUCUAUUAAAAAAAAAUUAUAUA